UUGAUUAACUCUUAUCCAAAAUGGAAACACAUAGCCCUUUCUCAGAAGAAGAUGCAACCUCUAAGAGUCUACACGAGCAUGAUGAUGCUAAAUCAGAAAAUGGGAGAGACUCCAACCCUCAGGAGACUAAGGACCAUAUAGCUAAUCAUAAGUACUGAGUUGAGCAUCAGGCUGCACAGAGUCUUGAUGUAGGAGUUAACAGAAGGCUGCAUUCAGUAUGAAAUAAAGAAAGUCAACAUUUUAUUUUUAAUCAAGAGCUAGACCUAGGAGAAUACUCAGUCGAGAGUUCACAGAAAAAGUAUAAAAAGAAUGAAAAAUAAACUGAUCAAAAUAUUGCAACCAAAUAGAAUAAAAACUCUAUCAAAAAGUGAAAGAAAGUUUAUCUCAGGCUACCUUAUGAGCAAGAAAACCAAUUCUAUUACUGAAGAGCAGAGGACUAAGUUGUGGCUGGUUGGCUCUGGAGCUGAGACUCUUCUAAAAGACAACCCAGGGUAUUACCACAACCUUCUUGAUAAAGUAAAGGGGUACCCAAACCCUUGCUUCUCUCAGAUCCACUUGGAUCUCCACAGAACUUUCAGUACUGACGAAAGUUUCUACACCAAAGAGAAUGAGAAUACUUUGAAAAGAGUGCUGUCAGCUUAUGUUCUAAGAAACCCCACUAUCGGAUAUUGCCAAGGACUCAACUUCAUUGCAGCAGUUCUAAUUACUCAGCUCAGUGAGGAGCAGGCAUUCUGGGUUUUGUGACAAGUCAUCGAAUCGAUCUUGCCGACAGAUUACUUUAACUUAAUGACAGGAGUCAUUAUUGACCAAAGAGUAUUUGAAGAACUUAUCUCUGAAUAUCAUCCCGAUGUGCACAAGCAUUUCAAAAAGCAUGAAUUCCAAAUGGGGUCUCUGACUACCCAGUGGUUCGUCUGCAUAUUUGCAAACACUCUGAAGCUGAACCUUCUGAAAGAACAGUUUUCCACUCUUUCUAUUUUUGAUGUGUGGGAUUUCACGAUCACGCUUGGAUGCUCAGGAAUCUUCAAAAUAGCUUUAUCUGUAAUAGGAUAUUUAAAAAGUGACAUUCUCAAAAUUAAAGAUCAGGGUGAUUUGUUCAUGCUUUUCCGGGAAUGCGCUGAGAGACUUCCUCCCUUCAAAGACUUAAAUAAAUUUUUGAAGAAAUUUGAAAUUACUCCUAAUCGCAUCAAAAACCUUAGAAUUGCUUUUAAAGAGGAUGCAUAUGAGGAGUUUGCUGAAAGGCAUUAUAAGCAAACCCAAAGUAAGAUUCUUAGAAGUAAGACAGACAUUUCAUCUGGACUUGAAGAGACCCUCAAGGAGAAAUUUCUAAGGAAAAUUUAUUUGUACAAUGGAAUAUCCAAACUCAGGAGUCAACAGGAUUGGCCUAAAGACAUUCUUGAAAACUUCGAUGAAGAAGUAGUUGCUGGGAACUCUUGUGAUACAAACUGGCCUAUCUGUCUCUAUGACUUCUUCUACCAAAACAAGAUUCAGAGACAUUUUGCUUUCAAAAAUAAGAAGAAAAUCAAUAUAAUAGAACAUCAUUUCGGAGAACCCUCACUGCAUGCUGAUAGUGGUGAGGAGUUGCAAUUUACAACAGUCAAACUAGAGGAGGACAAAAUUGACUCUGACAAUGGGAAUGAAAUAGACUUUGACAGCGAAGGAGACACAGAGCCCAACAAACUUGACGGGCUUUUACUAGAGAGGAAUAUUCAUCUUUGAAACCAAGAAAACUUUGAAGAAAAGUUUAAAUUGCUCUUUGGAAACAAGAAUAGUGAAUUCUUUAUUGAAGCUUUGCAAAGUAUGUACCAAGAUAGCGGAGACAUUUCAUACUCUGAGAAAUGUAACAGAUUUAUUUCAGUGUGAAGCAUGCUUGCUGAAAAAGUUCCUCUUUAUGAGAAAGGCAAUAUUAGUAAAGACUUCUUUGAUAAUCUCAAAGAACUUGAAUAUGCUCAGAGAAAAUCUAAAUAGUUUCAAUGUUAAA